UCAAGACAAUCAGUGUGAUCAUAUGGGCUGCACAGUUUGUGCUCAUUAGUCAGUGUUUGUUUGUGUUUCUCUGCCAAGAUCAUGAAGCCUCAAGAGGCAGAGCUGGUUGCUGAAAUCUCAAAGCUGCAAUGCAUGGUCACAGAGCUGAAAACAGGCUUUAGCAACGCACUGUCAGAGCUCAGUGAGAUCCAGCAGGGAGACAUGGACCUGAGGGAGAAGCUGGAGGAGAGCAGGAGGAGCUGUCAGAAAAAAGCCCUUSGACUGGAGACUCUCGUGGAGUCUCUGAGGGAGGAACUUUAUGUGAUGAGGGGUCAGAUCGUUCAGCUGUACAGCAACAGAUAUGAACACAACUCCACAUCCAAACAAAGAUGCUCGACACCAGGUGGCGCUGCAGCUCCUGCACUCUGAGUGGGAAUACGUGUUGACCCUGAACCAGCUGUAUGACCAGUAUAAAACACCUGCUUCUCACCACACCACCGCAGAGCCACAGAAGACGUUUGUGACGUUUGUGGAGCAGCUGCUGCAGCGACAUGUUCUCUUCAGAAACACCCUGCAGGAGCGUCUGUACGCUGAACACUGGAAGUCUCUGCUUGGAGAUAUUCUGGUGCAACUCGUUGGCCAAAACGAUACAGCUUUUUCAGACAUCUACCUGGGAUACACAACCAGUCUGGCUUCAUUCCUCCCACUGGAGUUCUACAGACUAAACCAGCCUGAGAAAAGUCACAAAAUGCAGAGAGGUCAGAUGGAGAGGGAGGAGAUGAAACUGCUCUCUUUGCUCCUGGCACCCACGGCUCGCAUACACAGUUACCUGAGUCACAUUCAG